UUUGGGAUACUGGGAGAAAACCACUUUUGGAAAUGUUUUUUUAUUAACCUUCUCUCCUCGUUCUUCAUCAGUGGUUCCUGGGAGCGGGCAGGAUGUCGAGUGUUCCCUCGGCUAUUUCCCCUGCGGGAAUAUCACCAAGUGCCUGCCUCAGCUACUUCACUGCAACGGAGUGGACGACUGCGGCAACCGGGCUGACGAGGACGACUGCGGUGACAACAAUGGAUGGUCUUUGCAAUUUGACAAGUAUUUCACCAAUUACUACAGAAUGACUUCCCCAUAUCACUUUGAGACGCAAACAUCUGAAUGCUUGGUCGGUUCUGUGCCCAUGCAAUGUCUUUGCCGAGGUUUAGAGGUUGACUGUGAUGAGACCAAUUUACGAGCUGUUCCGUCAGUUUCUUCAAAUGUGACUGUAAUGUCACUUCAGUGGAACUUAAUAAGAAAGCUUCCUCCUGAUGGCUUCAAGAAGUACCAUAAUCUUCAGAAGCUGUGCCUACAAAACAAUAAGAUUAGAUCCGUACCCAUCUAUGCGUUCAGAGGACUCUACAGUCUUACUAAACUGUAUCUCAGUCAUAACAGAAUAACUUUCUUGAAGCCGGGUGUUUUUGAAGAUCUCCACAGACUAGAAUGGCUGAUAAUUGAAGAUAAUCACCUCAGUCGAAUUUCCCCACUAACAUUUUAUGGACUAAAUUCUCUUAUUCUCUUAGCAUUGAUGAAUAACGUCCUCAUCCAUUUACCAGAUAAACCUCUUUGCCAGCACAUGCCAAGACUGCACUGGCUGGACUUUGAAGGCAACCAUAUCCAUAAUUUAAGAAAUUUGACUUUUGUUUCCUGCAGUAAUUUAACUGUUUUGGUAAUGAGGAAAAACAAAAUUAAUCACCUAAAUCAAAAUACUUUUGCACCUCUCCAGAAGCUAGAUGAAUUGGAUUUAGGAAGUAAUAAGAUUGAAAAUCUUCCACCACAAGUAUUUAAGGAUCUGAAGGAGCUCUCACAAUUGAAUCUUUCCCAUAACCCAAUCCAGAAAAUUCAAGCAGAUCAAUUUGAUUAUCUUGUCAAACUCAAGUCUCUCAGCCUAGAAGGAAUUGAAAUUUCAAAUAUCCAACAAAGGAUGUUUAGACCUCUAAUGAAUCUCUCUCACAUAUAUUUUAAGAAAUUCCAGUACUGUGGGUAUGCACCCCAUGUUCGCAGCUGUAAACCAAACACUGAUGGGAUCUCAUCUCUAGAAAACCUCUUGGCAAACAUUAUUCAGAGAGUGUUUGUCUGGGUUGUAUCUGCAGUUACAUGCUUUGGAAACAUCUUUGUCAUUUGUAUGAGACCUUACAUCAGGUCUGAGAACAAGCUACAUGCCAUGUCAAUCAUUUCUCUCUGCUGUGCUGAUUGCCUAAUGGGAAUAUAUCUGUUUCUGAUUGGAGCCUUUGACCUAAAGUUUCGUGGAGAAUACAACAAGCAUGCGCAGCUGUGGAUGGAGAGUAUUCACUGUCAGCUUGUGGGAUCUUUGGCCAUUCUGUCCACUGAAGUAUCAGUGUUACUUCUAACAUUUCUGACACUGGAAAAAUAUAUCUGCAUUGUCUAUCCUUUUAGGUUUUUAAGACCUAGAAAAUGCAGAACAAUUACAGUUCUGAUUCUUAUUUGGAUUGCUGGAUUUAUAGUGGCUCUCAUUCCAUUGACCAAUAAGGAAUUUUUCAAAAACUACUAUGGCACCAAUGGAGUGUGUUUCCCUCUUCAUUCAGAAGAUACCGGAAGUACUGGAGCCCAGAUUUAUUCAGUGACAAUUUUUCUUGGUGUUAACUUGGCGGCAUUUAUCAUCAUAGUCUUUUCCUAUGGAAGCAUGUUUUACAGCGUUCAUCAAAGUGCCAUAACAGCAACUGAAAUACGGAAUCAAGUUAAAAAAGAGAUGAUCCUUGCCAAACGGUUUUUCUUUAUUGUAUUUACUGAUGCAUUAUGCUGGAUACCCAUUUUUGUACUGAAAUUUCUUUCAUUGCUUCAGGUAGAAAUACCAGGUACCAUAACCUCUUGGGUAGUGAUCUUUAUUCUGCCUAUCAACAGUGCUUUGAACCCAAUUCUGUAUACUCUGACCACAAGACCAUUCAAAGAAAUGAUCCAUCAGUUUUGGUAUAACUACAGACAAAGAAGAUCUAUUGACAGCAAAGGAAGUCAGAAAACAUAUGCUCCAUCAUUCAUCUGGGUAGAAAUGUGGCCACUGCAAGAGAUACCAUCUGAGUUAAUAAAGCCAGCUCUUUUCACAGACCCCUGUGAAUUGUCACUAAUUUCUCAAUCAACUAGACUCAAUUCCUAUUCAUAACUGACUCUGAAACCCAUUGCUAUGCAGAGAAUAUUGUGGGAUGCUUCACGAUGGAUUUAUUAGUAUAAAAUGAAUGCCACAAAAUUAAUAAUUUAUAAUGGCUAAGAUAAAGCUAUUACAAGGACAUGAGGUUAUUUUUGAAAAAUCAAAGUGAUGGGGGCCCGUAUAAAGGGAAAUAAAUUAUAUCGAUAAUGUGUAUAUAUUAGUACAUAUUUUGCAUAAGAAAUUAAGAGAAAUCUACUUCAGAAAGAUUUAUUCAUUCUUUUACCAUGCAUUUAUCGAGUACCCAUUAUGCACGUAGCACUGCAGUAAAUUUCUGGAAGUGCACAGCAUAGAACGUUUUCAAUUUGCAAUGUCAAAUUACGUGUAGCUGCAACAGAAUAUACAAAGGCCAUUUGCAGUUCUUAGUUUAAGGUAG